GCGCGGUAGAGCCUCUACCCAUUACUGCUUCACCCGUUUCCAUGUCUUUUUCCGAGGGCAGCACAGGUAUGUCGCCUGCUGCCAUGUUCUUAUCGGCUUUCAGCCCCUCGACGUCGGUCUCGAGCGCACGCUCGAGUCUGCCAGACGACGAAGGACAGGAGGUUGGCGGGUACACUCUAGGUCCUAUCAUAGGCCACGGAGGUUUCUCGACCAUCAGAAAAGCGUCCUCUAUCACCGGCGGCACCGUCGCCGUCAAGAUCGUACGCCGCUCAGACGUCGCCCGACAAGAAAAUCCGACGCUCGUCCGUAAAAGAUUGAGCAACGAAGAGUCGAUCUGGUCGAGCCUCUGCCAUGAGCAUAUCCUGCCCCUUUUCUCCGCAGUGCACACCGCGUACGCCGAUUUCUUUGUCACGCUCUACUGUCCCGCGGGCACGUUGUUUGACAUCCUGCAGCGGGAGAGUGCGGAGGGGCGGGGACUGGCGCAGGACGACGCAGGAAUGAUGUUCAGGCAGGUGGUCAGAGGCUUGAGGUACCUGCACGAGGUGGCGGGGCUCGUGCACCGGGAUAUCAAGCUUGAGAAUGUGCUUGUCGAUGACAUGGGUGUAUGCAAGAUCGGUGACUUUGGCAUGACUGCAAAGAUUGGCGAGUUAGACGACGAGACUUCGAGUGAGGAUGAGGGCGUGGACGAGGUGAACGAGCAGUACCAGCGGCAACGCGCGCAUUCUUCGCUCCGUCAGAGCAAGCCGGGCUUGCCUCCUCACCUUCUCCGGCACCAUAGUGGACCCAGGUAUCGCAAUUCGUCCCCUCUCCCGUCAUCUUCUCCCUAUCCUGCAGAAGUCACAAAACAGCCAGAAGUCUUCAACCCUGGGUCGCUCCCAUACGCUUCUCCCGAGUUACUUCUACCGCACUCAGCUCCUCUCAGACCGCACCCAGCACAAGAUAUGUGGGCACUCGGUGUCUUACUUUACGCUCUACUGACCGGACGCCUACCGUUCAUGGACUCGUUCGAGCCCCGCCUACAAAUGAAGAUUUUACAUGGUGUAUACGACAUGCCCUCGGGCAUCGGACGCGGCGCCGAGCAGGUGCUGCAGGGCUGCCUUGAGCGAUCCGUGUCUAACCGAUGGACGAUUGCGAUGGUCGACGAUGUCGCCUGGGGCGUUGGUUGGGGUGCCGCCGGGGACGACGUUACUCCCUCUACAGAAGAGGUCUGUGCAGCUGAGAUGGAGCGGACGGCAUCGAAGUCGAAGUCGCGCUCGCGGUCCCACUCUCGCCCAGCUGACUUGCAUCGCUCGAAUGUGCCUACGCCGCUCAGUCGGCGGUCAGAUCGGUCGGUAUCCCGCGCACGCCAAGGACUGUCACCUUCGAGCGGAGCAGAAGCGAUCAGUCGUAGCACCUCGCGCUCUUCGACGUCAGGACAGUCUCGCGGGAUACGUUCACCAUCAUUUUCCGCUCUUACCAAGGCGAUCCUCAGUCCUGCUUCAUCCAAUGAUACCGUCUCAUCUAAUGCAUCAUUGACUUCGUCGGCCCCUGGCUUGCACGGUGAUUCUGCGCUAUUGACGUCCCCACCCUUGUCGCCCGAGCCAUUGCACGAGCGGGGCAGGAGACCCCGUUGCGACUCCAUUCAGUACGCCACCUUCCAACAGUUAGAUUCUUCAUCACGGUCUCCGAGCCCUAGUGUUAUCCCUAUCACGCCAGUCGACAUGGUUGGCACGUCCGGCAAGCGGGAAGAUACCUCCCGAGGACGUAAAGCCUCCAGGAGAUUCGCGCCGUCCCCUCUAGGGUUGGACAUCCGCACCGGCGUGGACUUGGGCGAAGCUACGAGCCUGGAUGUCGUCCACGAAACCCGGCCGUGGUUCGCAAGUCCAGAUGGAUUGCAGCCGCGGACACGUAGCCAAGGGCCAGAGACUUCCCUGCUGUGGCAUGAUGAGCAGCCCGUGCAUCGUAGCCGCAGCGAGAGUAGCCAGCGCGCGAGCAAGACGGGCAGGAGGUCGGAUAGCAUGCCUCCGUCAGGAAAUCAGCCCUGGUCGUUGAUGGUCCCCGGGUCGGGCGGUGCGGGGACCCCCACAGUCAAGUUCUCGCUGUCCCAGGGGGUGGGCGAGUUCGUGCAUACGCCUACGCUCAUUACGAUGAAGCCCUCUGGGAGGAGCAAGAGUCUCGGGCCCGGUCGCAGCUAUCGGAUGGCAUGAAGCAAGUGACAAGGAAGUCAAGUUAAAAAUUCAUGGCCUUGUGCAAAAAAUUGAUCGAACUUUUCCCUCGAUGGUUUUGCCCUUUGUCGGGCGCACGUUCGCGGAGCAGGAUACCAUCAGUCGUGCGGAUCGCGUAUUUAAGCACCAUAUUGUAGUACGUUUUACGUGUUUGUACCUAUACCCAUGCAUCAUACGCCCACGUUCUGUACUUAUCGCACCGUUUUCGUUGUAAUUGUACUGUAGUAUGUAGCUCACCUUCUAUGCAGUGUGUAGGAUAUAGUAGUAUAAUAGUAUUCAGUUCAGGGUUCAGGAUUUGGGGGGCGAAUAAAUAUUGCAGAGCAAAGAGACCGACAAUGUGGCAAAUACAAGGGGACAAGCAAGACUUUCGACAGACA